AUGCAGACGAGGAUACAGCUUGAGCCGUCGGAAGCUGUAUCGACAUCUCCCUAUGGAGACUGGGCCAUUCAGCCACACCCGUUACCAGCUCAGGAGAUUGCGACCAUGCUCAUCACGCGCUACACGCAGCAUACGCAGAUUCUCCACCCUCUGCUGCCUCAAUUCGCCGCCUUUGACUUGUUGCAACGAGUGUACAGACCUGAUGGCGCCAUUGUCUCGUCAGAGGACUCGUACCGCAUAUUCAUGCUGCUGGCGAUCAGUUCGGUCACCACGUACCGACGCGGCGAUACUGAUGAGCACCCGUAUGGUUACUUUCGUUCUGCUCAAAGAUACAUUAAGCAAGUCGACUUUGUCGGAUCUGUAAACGCUGUGCAGAACUUGCUGCUAGUGGCAAGGUUCGCUACGUAUCAGCAUUGCGAUAUUUCGAUUUGGGACAUCGCUAGGACGUGUAUACGACAAUGUGUCGCCCUUGGACUGCACCAACCACCGACAGCACCGCUCACGCCGCUGCAGGAGCAAAUGAACCGCAACCUGUUCUGGGAUUGCUACGUGCACGACCGUUUUGCCUCCGGAGUACUCGGCCGACCUUACGCUAUCGCUGAAGACGACAUCACGGUCGCGUUGCCUGUUGAGAUAAGCGAGGCAGAGCUCAUCUCUUCGAAAGCCCAGACGCUCGAUGAAGUGGCUUCCCAGAACAUCGUACGACCGAAUGAGGCCUCCGUCGUCCGCUUCGUCGUCUCCUUACGCCGAGCAAUAACACGGAUCUCAAACCGCUUUUACAGCUCGCAUACGCCACAGGAUCAGCUGAAUUCGCGAUCCGCUGUCGCUGAUGCUGGCCAGGUCCGGUUGGAUCUGCAUCGCUUCCUGGCAGAACUGAAAGCAUUGCGAGAUAGCGCUCCAAUCUUCUCGGAUCCGCAGAGUCUGUAUCAGCGGCCCGAGUGGUACGACUACUUGGUCGAGAAAGACAGAUUGACACUUCUCCGGGGCGCGCUUGCUCGCAUGCCCGUUGAUGGCCUUCCGACACCACGUUCACUGGUCGAGAUGACGCUACAAUGCGCGACUCGGGUGAUCGAGUUGUACAGCGCUCUGUUCUCACGCGGACAAAUCACAUGGACUCGCAGCUAUUUUCAGAUCCUGUUCACAUCCGGUCUGUCAAUAAUGUUCACAUUGUCCAUACUCAGGCACGAGCAAAAGGACCAUGAAAGGCAAUCAAACGAAGUUGCCAUCUUUGCGCAAGCAUCGGCGGCAUUGGACUCGGCCUCGUCGCUGAUGAAGAUGUUCGUCAGCGAGAUGCCAGAUGCUGGUCGAUUUGCUCGUGUCUUCGAAGUGCUUGUCAGGCAGUACACGACUGGAACAGGUACGGGCACACGUGCUCGACCUAGUCGUGCACCAAGUCGUGCAGCAACCCCAGUGCCACAGCAACAUACCGACGGCUACGCACAACAGCAGCAGGCCCCUAAUCUACGGCAUGAGAUCUGCCUCCGUCGCAGCACAGUGGCACCUUCACAGCAUCAGCAUACACAAGCGCGAUAA